CUAGGUCACAUGACAUGAUACAGCGAACCGCUACUAUUACUUCAUAGGUGUGCCGCGAGCCUUCUCAACGGUCUGACUGAGUGGGAGGCACUGGCAGUGCCCUAACACGACCACUAUGAACUGGGUCGGUGGCUCCCGAAACAGAAUCAUUUUCAAACGGGAAAGACAGAAACAAAAAGAUUUCUUUGAAAAAAAGAAGCUGAAAUCCAAAUUGGAGCGGUUAGAACUGGCAUCUCCUAAAAAAGAAUCUGUCAGCUUAGAUCUACUUAGCCUUUAUGUUGUGAAUCAAGUGUCCAGAAAGAAAGAAAUGAAUAAAAAACCACAACAUGUUGAUAUCUGCAAUACAAAUGUUUUAACUGGGAGAAAUAAUGCAGAAUUGCCAAUGUCACCCAUCACUGUUCCAUCUAAAAUAUGUCUGGAAGAGUCUGAAAUUAUAUCAUCACAGAUGCCAAAUAUAGAGUUCAGAAUUAAUCCUAAUACACUGAAUUGUCCAUCCAACCAGGAAUUAAACUAUGAAGAGAAGGGAGACAUAACUAUUGAAGCUAGUAGGAGAAAAGAUUUUGACAUUAACUUCAAUAAAAAACAAACCAAAUCGGAAAUGAUACCUGCGCCACAAUAUUAUAUGUAUGGUAAAUGUGAAAAUGAUUCUGAUGUUAGUUUAUCAAAAGAAGACAUUGGACAUGUCAUGGAAAUAAAAGCAAAUCCGUUUUAUUUGCAGUGCAGUAAAUUACAUGCAACAAAAAUGGACAUGUUUGAAAUUCAGGAUAAUUGGUCUCAAACUAACAGCAAUUUAUGUAAAAGUGGAAAAUGUGACAUGUCUAUUGAGUGCACUGUUGCACGAGAAUGCAGAUGUACAGUAUGCUUUGCUGACUGCUAUACUAAUGCAUUGACAAAUAAUACUGCAAAUAAAGACCACCAGGAGGCAGAACAGACCACAACAUAAAAUAUUAUAAAGCUAAUGUAUGGUCAGUGAUGCUAUAAAGCACAUUUACUUAUCAAAGGAGAUGCACUCCACUUGUUAAAAGUAAUGUUAUCUUUAUGAAGCUGUGUUUUUUAAGGUAGGCUUAGUUAGCUUUGUUGCAUGAAACAUACUAAUUGAUUCUGAAAUUAUCACCAAGACUCAAAUGAAAUGUUUUUCACCAUAUUCUGAAAAGAGUAGUGGUAACAUCUGGAUCAAUGAGAAUGACUUGCUUAUUUAGCAAUCCUGAUCUUAAUGACUAAGGGGGUUAUUCAGAGUUGUUAACAAACAAAAAGAAGUAAAACCAUGUUGCACUUCAGGUGGGGCAGAUAUAACGUGCAGAGAGAGUUAGAUUUGGGUAGGGUGUGUUCAAACUGAAUCUAAAUUGCAGUGUAAAAGUUAAGCAGCCAAUAUUUGCCCUGCACAGAAACUAGCCCACCCAAAUCUACAUCUCUCUGAACAUGUUAAAUCUACAUCUCUCUGAACACCAACAUGGUUUUGCCCAAUUGUUAACUUUUUUGGUUUGCUAACAUCGCUGAAUAGCUCUGCAAAACCAACACUUUGUUCUGAUGUCAAAUUUGGGAAGCAGUGAUGUGACUUGGUGUAGUACAGUUGUUCCCAAACUCAGUCCUCAAGGAGCACUAACAGUUUAUGUAUUCCAGGUCACCUGUGGAUUUAAAAAUGUGACAGUUGGUGAUACAGUACAUAGUGCACCUGCCAGGGGAACCUGGAAAAUGUGAACUGUUAAUGCUCCUUGAGGACUGAGUUUGGGGCCCAUUUGUGUAGUAUUUUAUUCAUAUUUGCUUUCAAGUUCUUGUUUACAAUGUCCACUUUUAAUGUCUUGUUACUCUUGCACCUUUUUAUCCUGUAGGCCAAUAUAAUUAACCUUGACCUUAAUUUGUGAGAGCCAGCAUGAGUCAGGCGAGAUAGUCAUUAGAUUUAAAGUGGUAUCUGCAAAUCCUGCAUUGGGCCCCAUGUGUUAUUCUACCUAGGAUGCUAUAUUUCUCUCUUGUUAAUUUAUAGAACACAUAGUAAGAAAUGAAUCAAAUAUUCAUUGUUUGGUAUUACCAGUAUCAUUACAGUUCACAGAAAGUCUGAUUUUUUCAUGCUGUUUGUUGACUGAUAGACAAUGUUGAAUAUAGUUUGAAAAUUAUACAGGAUGAUGUUUUUAAUUGUUUGAGAUGGUUAUUGUUUUUAGGAUCAACUAAUCUCAGUUUGACAUUUUAAAGAAUGGCUUCAGAUACUAUCUGUAUUAUAAUAACUAAAGACAAAAUUCUACUGAAGAAAUGUUCAGCUAAUUUUUAGCAAUUAUUUCAUGGUACCCUAGAAAUCUGAUUUGACGUUUCUCAAUGCAGUUUUCUUUAAAAUAAAAGCUAUAUAUUUAAAAA